AUGGGAAAGGUGAGUACUGUAAGAUGACAUUUUUCAUUUAAAAAAUUAUGUUUAUUUUUUUUAAAUUAUAUAAUGAAAAAUGUUUAAAUUAUUUAAUGCCAACAUAAAGAACCUGCCAUUUUUUACAGGAAAUCACAGGCAAAGUAUGGCGGGUUCUUUAUGUCGGCGCAUAAUAAAAAAAUAAAAUUUUAAAAUUAAAAAUUUUUUUAAAUACGUGCCUACUAUAAUAUAAAAUUUAUAUUUUAGCGAAAAGUCUUCAAAGAAAACCUUCUCCUUGUCUUCACGAUUGGUGCCGUGUUCGUUGGCGUCAUCCUCGGCUUCGUGCUACGCAAAAUGAAGCCAGACCCAAACACCGUGGUUCUUCUGGGCUUUCCAGGCGAAAUCUUGAUGAAUUUGUUGAAGUUGACCAUUUUGCCUUUAAUUGUGUGUUCUCUGAUAUCGGGAAUGGCACAACUCGAUGCGAAACAGUCGAGGAGAAUGUGCUUCCUGUCGUUGGCCUACUACAUGGUUACUACGUUAAUGGCUGUAAUUGUAAGGAUAUUUCGGAAUUUGAAAGUUUUUAUCCUUGGGGCAUUAGUUCCAGGACAGAAUUUUAAAAUCAAGUGUUUUUUAACUUUGAAAAAGAAAAUUAUUGAUAAUGGGCUGUGUGAACGCAUGGAUAGUAGAGGGGGUGGGGUGGAAUUGAAAAGUUAAAAAUUUUUAAAUAAUAUUGAAAAAACUAAAAAAUUUGAAAAAUAAAAUUUUCAUUUCAGCUAGGUAUCAUAUUGGUAUUGUCAAUCCAUCCUGGAGACCCUAGAGAUCGUCGUGAAGCCAAAGGUGGCCCGAGUCGUAGGAAUGUCAACACAUUGGACACUUUCUUGGAUAUUGUUAGGUAAUAAGUUUUAAAAAUAUAAAUUUAAUUUUAAAAAACCAAAAAAUUUGUUUUUUUUUCAAAAAUUUUUUUUCAAAAUUUUUUUUUUAAAGCUUUAUUUAUAAAAGAGCAUUUUUAGCUAAUAUUACACUAGGUAAGCUUGUAUAUUUUAUAGAAACAUGUUCCCAGACAACAUGGUCAAAGCGUCAUUUGAACAAGUACAAACCAAGUACGAAAAAAAUCGACCGGUCUUGGAAAGAACUAGUGGAAUGAACUGUUUGGGUAGGGUUUAUAACUGUUUUCUCCUUCCCUACCACCUAAACUCCCCCCCCUCCCCCCCCACACACUCACCCCCCCCUUUUCAAUUUUAUUAGGUGCCGACACAAAGAACCAGCCAUACUUUCCCUGUAAUAUCCUGUAAAAAAUGGCGGGUUCUUUAUGUCGGACUCUAAUAAAAAAACGUUAUAAAUGAAAUUUAAAAUUUUAGGAGUGAUUGUAAUGUCAAUGAGUUUUGGCAUAGUAUUAGGAAUCGUCCGUGACGAUGCCCGGGCCGUAGUGCAAUUUUUCAAAGGCAUGGACAAAGUGAUUAUGACUCUAGUCAACUACCUCAUGCUCUACUCACCCAUUGGUAUCAUGUCUUUGGUCAUUGCCAAAAUCCUGGCUAUUGAAGAUUUGGCUGAAACUGGAAAAAUGCUGGCUUUGUAUAUGAUUACCGUACUCGUUGGACUCGCAAUACACGCUCUUUUCACAUUGCCUAUACUUUAUACGGUGCUGACGAAGCAGAAUCCGUUUACCUACAUGAAGGGCUUGCUACAGGCGUGGGUGACGGCGUUGGGAACAGGUAGUAGCUCGGCUACACUGCCGGUUACGAUAAAGUGUUUGGAGGAGAACAACAACAUUGACAAACGAGUUACAAGGUUUGUACUGCCGGUCGGAGCUACGAUUAACAUGGUAGGUAUAAUAUGUUUUGGUUAACAGACAGGUUUUUGGCUGAUUGAAGCAUGUGUUUAACUUUGGAUUGUAUUUAGCUUAGGCUUACUAUUUUAUUAUUUUAAAUAUACAUAUAAUGUAUCUUCAGGAUGGUACUGCAUUGUAUGAAGCUGUAGCUGCAAUCUUCAUUGCCCAAGUUAAUGGAAUUGAACUUAGUUUGAGUCAGGUGAUCACUAUAUGGUAAGUUAUGCUUAUUGAUGUUAAUCUACUAAGCCUAACCUUACUUAGUCUAAACCUAUUACCUUCAACUAUUAGAAGUCGACAUAAAGAACCCGCUAUUUUUUACAGGAAAUUACAGGCAAAGUAUGGGGGUUCCUUUAUGUCGGCACUAUAUAUUAAGCCUAAGCUUACUGAUAACUAAACAUUUUAGCUUAACAGCCACAUUAGCCUCAAUCGGAGCAGCGUCAGUACCAUCCGCUGGCUUAGUAACUAUGUUAUUAGUUCUUGGAGCAGUUGGCCUUCCAUUGGAAGACGUUUCUCUAAUUGUCGCUGUGGAUUGGCUACUGGACAGAAUCCGAACAUCAGUCAAUGUUGUUGGUGACGCAUUUGGUGCUGGUAUUGUACAUUACUUUGUGAAGGACCGGUUAGAGAGAACCGAAUCGAAAAAGAAGGCCGGUCCCAGUAAGCCUAGCAAUUCAUUUGAACCUGACAGUGAGUUUUGGUGUUUUAUUUAAUGUUGUCGUAUUGAAGUGUCAUUUUUUAUGCAUUUUUGUAUGUGAAUCAUUUAUGACAUGUUUUUUGUACUUUAUGUUACAUUUUUUUCAAUUGUAGGUGCACUACUAACCUACGAACAAUCCGCGAAAGAAAAAUACUCAAAUGGAGAUGCUCCAGCAACAAUGAUCUAA